ACCGUUUUUUGUCGGUGCGGAGUAGCGCGCGCACUGGGAACCGGAGACGCGCGAGACUCUUAGCAUUGGCAGGCUGACGGUGACACGUGCCUCUCUCUCUCAACACCCCCGAGCUCCCGUGUACCGCAUUGGCAUCAGCGACGGCCACCGAAACGCAGGAGUCGACGCCGUGCCACGGAUACAGAGAACGGAAAAGCCGCGCAAAACCGCGAGCGCUCUCCUUUACGCACCGGACAUUAAACGCACUCAGCGCGCAUCAGAGUCCGGCCAGCGAACAGCAUGCAGGUGCCAGGCAUCAUCUACGUCUAAACGUGACAUGAACCACGGAAUUAGCAAAAACACCAGGCAGAACUGGAGAUAACGAACACGCGUCACCACGAUCUUCUCGCUCCGUUGAUGCGCAGACAAAGAACUCCGGUCGCACUCUAAAUUCGAUAUAGCUAGAAAAACAUCUGAAGAGCAAUUUUCACACCAGUCGCGCUUAGGAGAGCAAUCAUGGCUACGGUAAUUAGAAGCAAGAUCUCUAACAAGCUGUCCAACGCAGCCACCACGGUCACCAAUAAAUCGCAGGCGAAGGUAAGCGGGAUGUUCGCCAAACUGGGCUUCCAGGCCGCCACCGAUGAAGAGGGUUUGGGCUUCGCCGCCUGCGAUGAUCUGGACUAUGACCACAGGCAGGGGCUUCAAAUGGACAUCCUUAAAAACGAGGGAAUGGGUGGAGAGGGCGGCGGGGACACGGGGGGCGAAGGGGCCGUCGAAGGGGACAGCCAUUACCAGAGGGAUGGAACGGGUCCGCCGCCCUCAGCGUCCAAAGACGGCGGAUUUUGCUCCGAUUUAGGCGGCUCGGACAAGCCAAGAAUCACUGCUUGGGAGGCAGGAUGGAACGUGACCAAUGCGAUCCAGGGCAUGUUUGUUCUCGGGUUACCCUACGCCAUUCUCCACGGAGGAUAUCUCGGACUGUUCCUCAUUAUAUUCGCCGCAGUCGUGUGCUGCUACACGGGGAAAAUCCUCAUCGCUUGCCUCUACGAAGAAAACGAAGAUGGCCAGUUGGUACGAGUGAGAGACUCGUAUGUGGAUAUUGCCAAUGCGUGCUGCGCGCCGCGCUUCCCCUCACUGGGAGGCCACGUCGUCAACGUAGCCCAGAUCAUUGAGUUGGUGAUGACCUGCAUUUUAUACGUCGUGGUGAGCGGAAACCUGAUGUACAACAGCUUCCCCAACCUCCCCGUGUCCCAGAGGUCUUGGGCCAUCAUCGCCACCGCCGCUCUUCUGCCUUGCGCCUUCCUCAAGAACCUCAAAGCCGUGUCCAAGUUCAGCUUGCUCUGCACCAUCGCGCACUUCAUCAUCAACGUCCUAGUGAUCGCAUACUGUCUGUCCAGGGCGCGAGACUGGGCCUGGGACAAGGUGAAGUUCUACAUCGAUGUCAAGAAGUUCCCCAUCUCCAUCGGCAUCAUCGUCUUCAGCUACACCUCGCAGAUCUUCCUGCCAUCGCUGGAGGGGAACAUGCAGAAGCCCAGCGAGUUCCACUGCAUGAUGAACUGGACUCACAUCGCUGCCUGCAUCCUCAAAGGCCUGUUCGCCUUGGUGGCUUAUCUGACGUGGGCCGACGAGACCAAGGAGGUGAUCACCGACAACCUACCAUCCAGCAUCAGAGCCAUUGUUAACAUCUUCUUGGUGUCCAAGGCGCUGCUUUCGUACCCGCUGCCGUUCUUCGCCGCCGUGGAGGUCCUGGAAAAGUCUUUCUUCCAAGAAGGAGGGCGUGCGUUUUUCCCGGAUUGCUACGGGGGCGACGGGCGUCUCAAAUCGUGGGGGCUUUCGCUCCGCUGUGCACUAGUGGUGUUCACUAUGCUCAUGGCUAUCUAUGUGCCGCACUUCGCGCUCCUCAUGGGUCUGACGGGAAGCCUGACGGGCGCGGGUCUGUGCUUUCUCCUCCCCAGCUUAUUUCAUCUCAAGUUGUUGUGGAGAAAGCUCUUGUGGCAUCAGGUCUUCUUCGACGUCGCCAUAUUCGUGAUCGGGGGUAUAUGCGCAAUCUCUGGCUUCAUCCAUUCCGUCGAGGGCCUCAUCGAGGCGUACAAAUACAACCUGCACGAUUAGUCUGGAACCUGAUGAGCGGCGGUAGUUUGGUGAUAAGUGUUACGCAUCCCACAUAUUGAUAACCAAACCGAUAAGUUCCCCCAGAAAAAAUACAUGUAUAAUAAAAAGCUUUUAACCCAUGCCA